UUUUGCUUUAUGUGAUAUUUUGUGCAGUGAGAGUCAGAACAUUGAGCAGUUAAGGUCUCCAAUAAAAAUGGCAAUUUCAGAUAGAAUAAUGCUUAAACUUUUGAUUGAUUCGAUUGUUAUUUUGAUCCCGGUGUGUCUUGCAUUGUUUUUAAAGUUUUUUGUGGAACCAUUUAAGCGAGGAUUCUUUUGCAAUGAUCACAAUUUGAUGUUUCCUUAUAAAAAAGACACCGUUCCAGGAACUUUAAUGGAUAUUUUGGGUAUAAUUGGUGGAAUUUUGAUUAUUAUUAUCGUCGAGACAAAAUAUCACAAAACGAAUGUCUCAUCAAACAGUUCUUCAAAAACAGCAAAAUUCUUUGAUUGGACAAUAACUCCUCACAUUCAAAAUUUAUAUCAUUACAUAAGCAUAUUCUUGUUUGCUGAAGCAAUCGAGAGAUGUAUUGAAGAAGGCAUUAAACUUACAAUUGGGAGAUUACGACCUCAUUUUAUGGAUCUUUGCAUGCCGAUUCUCUCCGAUGAAAGUACGUGUAAUGAUCCUCAAAAUAUAAAUCGUUACAUUGAAAACUACACAUGUUCAAACAUUAAUGCAACGGAUAAAUCACUGAGAGAUAUCCACAUGUCAUUUAUUUCCGGUCAUACAAGCUUUUCAGUCAUGACUGCAUUCUUUUGUGUGUUCUACCUAGAAUCUCGCAUGAAGUGUAGAGGAGCAACAAAAAUGUUAAAACGAUUAAUCCAACUCAUCCUGAUUACAGGAACCAUUUACAUUGCAUCAUCAAGAAUUUCAGACUACAAGCACUUCCAUUCAGAUGUAUAUGGUGGGUUUGUUGUUGGAUUUUCCAUUGCUUUUUCAGUUUCCUUUUAUGUCUCAAAUAUGUUUAAGAAGAAAAUUGUGAUUGAAACUAGUACACAUAUCUAAUUGAUCCAGGCACUUCUAAUGUUUUAAAAAUAUUCAAAUAAAGAACAAGAAUCAAAGCAA